CUGAGUUAAUAUUUGAUCAUGUCAGAUACGAGAUCUCUCAGCAAGUCUCAGCAACGUGAACUUGCUAAUUUUGUCAGUAUCACGCAAGCUCCUGUAAAUGUGGCAAUCCCAAUUCUUAAAAAGCAUCGGUGGAACAUUGAAUUAUCUGUGAACAGCUUUUUCAACAGCUAUUCCAAAGACUCUAAGGCUGAAAUUGCGGCCAUUAACGAAACUUUCGAAAAAUACCAAGAGGAUGGGCGCAUUCGAGAAAAAGGCAUGCUACAAAUUUUCAACGAGCUUGAAAUUUCGACUGAAGGAAUUAUGUCCUUAGUCAUUGCUUGGAAAAUGAAUGCUACUGAAAUUGGAGAGUUUUCAAAGGAUGAGUUUUUGAGGGGAAUGCGACAGGUCAAAGCGUGCACCAUACAGGAACUCAAAAAAAAAAUUCCAUCCUUUCAAGAAGAAUUGGAAUCCAAAGCCAAAUUUAAAGAAUUUUACCAAUUUUGUUUCAACUACGGGAAGGGGACAGAGAGAACGCUAAAUCUAGAUUACGCCAUUCUGUUAUGGGAAAUGAUCCUUGCAGACCGUUUUCCUCUUUUGCAGGAGUGGAUUACUUUUUUAAGAACAAAACACAAAAAAGCGAUUUCUCGUGAUAGUUGGAAUUUAUUAUUGGAAUUUAUCGACCAAGCUUCGUCGGACCUAUCUAACUAUAAUUCUGAGGGUGCCUGGCCCAUGAUACUGGAUAAUUUUGUAGAAUAUCUAAAGUCAGGAGAACAUUGAUAGAAAAAUUCUCAGAUGGAAUGCACGAUGUAUAUGAUGUAUAUCAAACAGAGAGCAGAUGUGACGUCUAGGUAGAUUUGGAAAGGAGAAGUCGAGCGUGCACUGAAAUACUUCAGAAUAUAAAAAUAUUAUUGAUUGGCAAUUGUGUUGCGCAUAGA